AUGGCCAAGAGCCGUGGAGAGCCAUCCCGCGGCGCCCGAGAGGGAGCUCAGAGGUGCUCUCUUGCUCUGCCUCUCGAAGCCACUCCAUUGCCUCCUCCACAUCCUGGUGAGUUCGCACGGAAUCUUCUGUGGAAACGUGGGCUCAUGGUCACGGACCGGAAGAUCGCCCUUGCCCGUCUGCGCCGGCGCGUCACGCAGAGGGAGAACUGCUUCCCUCUUGGCCGCCUCGCAGAGCAGCAGGACCUCACAUGCGAACGUGGAAGGGGGAUUUGUUCGGCGACAAAGGAGCUGCCAGCCAUACUGAAGGAGUGGAAGGUUCUCAGACGUCAGCGAGGGGCAGCAACCCCAUAUGCACGUGAGCUCCGCAACUGCCAAGAAGGCAUUGAGGAGUUCCUGUCCGAUGCUACUGCGGCCAUGGCUCGGCUGCUGCAGCGCUCGCCGGCAAAGCUCCGUGAGCGUGUGCGCACAGCAGUUCAACGGGACUGGCAGGUGAUGCGGCCGCAACACCAGCUGCUUUUCUUGGCCACCGCGGCUCAACGUGUGCUAGUUCGCACCGAGCGUGUCAGCAUGGAGUGCGCCGUUUGCGAGACGCUCCAAAGCCGGUCCAGGCAAGUCUCUGAGCCUUUGUCGGGACUCCGACAGCUGUUGCAGAGGGCACCUGCCUCCAGCGAGCUGUACGGUGAAGGACCUGAUUCCACCUUCCGCCAUCCCUUCGUGAAGGAGCUGCUUUUGCGGGCACAGGCCAGGGUCUCUUGGGAGCCCUGGGUGAUCUGCGUGCGCAGCUACGCCAGGCCAAAGAGCCUGAUGUCGCAAACCAUGAAUGUUUUGCGAAGUUCCGGGUUGCUCGAAUACCGGGAGCGAAUUCACGUGUUCGUUUCACAUGAAGACCCGGACUUCCUCUCGGGGUGCUAUGAGGAAGUCUUGGGACCGCUACAUGACAGGAUCAUCGUGGGCAUCAAGGGCGCCGACCUGCAGGUCCGCUUCAUCGAGGAGUGCUUUUUGCCGGGCCAGCAUGUGGUGGUGAUGGACGACAACUUGCUUCGCUUCGUCCGCCACGAGGCCGGCGAGGAGUUCCCGGGGGACCUCGUUGCGACGAUUCAGGCGGCCGCCGAGGCGAUGCAGCGCUUCCGAGCUCACCUCUGGGGCAUCUCUCCGACCAGCAACAAGCAAUUCCUCAAGGAGGCCCCCGAGAUUAGCACUGCUCUGGGUCUGGUGUACGGGGCCUUGUUCGGCUUUCGAGUCCUGCACGAUCCGGAUCUCUACACCCGUUUCGGCCAGGUGAAGGAUGAUUUGGAGCGUUCUCUACGCUACUGGCAUCGUGAUGGUGUUGUCGUGAGAUUCCGACGAAUGUACUGCACGAAAGCCCAAAGACCUGGUGUCUAUGGGAGCAGGAAGGGUGGCAUCUCUGCCAGCAUCGGCGAGAAUGGACACAAGCAGCAGGGCGACUUCGCGCUUGCACGGCUGUCCGAAGGCUUCUCUCAGUACAUCCGCUUGCCGAAUCCAGACAUCGAUCAGAAGAGGGACCCAACCACAGGAGACUUUCUUACCUUCUCUAGCAAGAAGCCCUGUUGGAAGGCUGGAUCUCAUGUGGCAGACUGUGGUGUGGUUUUCAUGCGGAAGAAAAGCUCAAAAAGUACCACGAUCCCCUGCGGGCCGUGGGCCUUGGCUCCGAUAGGCAGCAAGCUGCUCACGGGCUUUUGCUGCAGAGCCUGUCGCGGAGAAUCUGGCAGCCCGUGCCACUGCAUCGACCCUGUCGAAGAGGAAGCGCGACAGCUCUUCUUCCUGGAGGGUUUGGAGGGAGCCCGGGCAGUUGCGAGGCUCCCGGCUCUGGGGAGCCUAGAGGAGCGCGCCCUGCGAGCGCUAGAGCACGAGUGGCGCCGGCUUCCUUGCCGGCAGAGGGCCGAUAUGAAGGCACUGGCAGCACGAGAGUUGGAGCAGAAGCAGUGGUGCCCCUGCCAGGACUCUCGGAGAGGUUCGUCUCGUUGUCCUUCAACUUCCCACGAGCCUAGGCCUUCACCAUCAGAGCACGUUGCACUCCGACAACGCAAGCGAGCGCGAAGCAGCGAAUUGCCAGAAUCCGCCAGAGACAAAAAAGGGACCUGUGACGGCACGCCCACCGUGCUUUCUUUGCACAGCUUGGCUUCGCAGGAGAAAGAGGGCCUGAAGUGGCUAGACGACAUGCAAGACAACAGGAAGCUGCAGAAGGAGAUCAGCAUGGCUGACUUCUUGGCAGCCUUGCACUUAUGCGAGGCCUGUGACGAGUCAUUGCUUCGAGUGUUUACGUUGCUGGUGGAGAUGCACGAUAAGAACGGUUUCGUUCUCGACACGCCGCUGGAGUCUCACGAAGGCGAAGGACAGGAGGGCGUGUCCUGGCUGUGCGACCGGUUCGGGGAGGACGUGUGGGAAGCCCUGGAGCGCCAUGCAGACUCCUGGCUCCUUCCUGCGACUCAGAGUGCGGCUACAUGCCCAGCAUUCCGAAGGUGCAGCUCCGCGGUGCUGCGUCUGGGAAGUUUGCUUCGGAGAGGGAGCCAACAGAAACCAGAAGUCGAUGGCCUGGUGAAGAGCCAGUGGGUGCGGCCGAUUCUGGAGGCUUUGGACUCUCCGAGCCCAGCAGCGAUGGUGAAGCUGCGGGAGACUCCCGACCUUGGCGCCUUCACGGCUGAUGCUUUCAGGCAUCUUGGCAUUACCGUCAGCGACGCUGACGGCUGGUCUGCGGAGGCAGCGCGGCAGCUACGUCGGCAGGCCAUGCUGGACAAAUGGUCUCAGUGGUCAGGCUCCGCACAAGGUCCGGGCAGCCUAGCCUGGUUGGCUUAUGACUUGACGGAUCAGACGGGCAGCCUAUGCUCCAACGGUGAAGUGCAUCGGCGCCGCCUCGAGCCCGCUGACACGGAUGCUUUGCAACCCCUGGAAAAGGGUGCCGCCGUUCACGCGGAGCGGGCCGCCUUGUUGGCCUUGGCGGAGCGCUUGCUUCGACGGACUCCAGGACAGGGAGGCUGCGAGGUGUCCGGAGUGGUGCUGCUUUACAGCUCAUCCCCUCCUGGAACUGCCAGCAUCUUCACUGCCAAGGAGUUCUUGCGGCUCUUCCCGUGGGUCGAGCUGCGGGUAGCCUUCGGAGAUGCCAUGGACCUCGGUCCGAGCCUCCCUGUCACGAAGAUUGGCACGGAAACAGGGUCGAGCAAAGUGCACGCUGCAGAGGCUAAAAAUGGCAAAGCUGCUACGAAUGGCCACGCUCCAAACGGCGUGCAGGCCGCGGCGCGAAGUGCCUAA